AUUACUCCUCACUUAAAAUGAACGGAGUUUAACAGAAGAGACGGAAGGCGCUGAGGGGUUUGUUGAUGAUCCACCUGCGGAAAACCUGCCGCCCAAACACCCCUUCCCACAGUGGACGCUACAGGUUAAACACUGGGACAAGGGAGGAAUCCUCCAUGGACGGGGAAGUUGCAACAAAAAGGAAGCUCAGGGCCGGCGGCACUGCCAGCAGACAACUCCUGGAUAACUAGGCCCAGCAAAAACUACACUGUGAAAUCAAGCCUGAAAUUCUUUCAUGAGGACAAAGUAAAAUGAGACAACAGUCUGCAUCAGGGCCAACAAAUGCAAAUCGAUACCAAAUCUCAGCACAGGAGCUGUAGCUUGCUGCUUCCUAUACAACUUUAAAACUCACUGAACAAUUGUACAUCUGUAAAAAGGAGCAGACACAACUUUAUUUUUCCUCCUGAGCUGGAAUGGAAGGGAGUAGCUUUAUGAGACUUGGAAGGCCAGCUGCAGCAGGACCUCCAGCUCAGAGAUACACUUACUGAUCAGAUGGCAAGAACCUUACCUGUUAAAGUCGGUGUGCCUAUCCUAAUUCUGGAUUUUCAGUCCUUUUACAUCAACAAUGUCCGCAACCUGAAGCCAGCUUUGGAUCAACGUUUAAUCCUGAGAUCAACCUUAAUGGUUGAGAAGUACCCCAGCAAAUUAAAAACUCGCUACUCAGACAUCUUUAAAAUAUCUUCAUAAUAUAUUCCAGCAAUUUUUAAUCUUUUUCUAAUCACAGGGAAUAUUCUUCAAAUUUUCUUCUCUUUUUUCCAGUUCAGUCGCGUUUAUUCUCAGUUAGAAGGCAAUUGGAAAAUGACAAACAAUUCAUCGAACUGCACUGAUGAACGGUCUGCUGCUGAUUUCCUCUAUGCCAUCAUGUAUGUUAUAAUAUUUAUACCAGGCCUAAUAUCCAAUGUUCUAGCCCUUUGGGUGUUCCAUGCCUAUAUUAAGGAGACAAAACGGGCAGUGAUAUUCAUGAUUAACUUGGCCAUUGCAGACUUGGCACAAGUCAUGUCCUUGCCACUCCGGAUUUUCUACUACCUGAACCAUGAUUGGCCUUUCGGCAGGUUUUUGUGCAUGUUUUGUUUCUACCUUAAAUACGUGAACAUGUAUGCAAGUAUAUUCUUUCUGGUGUGCAUCAGUAUCCGACGGUGCCUCUUUCUUAUUCAGCCCUUCAAGUACAAUGACUGCAAACGAAGGUAUGAUGUCUAUGCGAGUAUCAUCGGCUGGGUCAUUGUGGGUUUGGCUUGCCUGCCCUUCCCCCUAAUGAGGAUUGAUACGAGAAACAACUCCAGCAAUUUCAAUAGCUGCUUUACAGCUCUUCCUAUAAUACAAAUUGGUAUCCCUACCUCUGUUGCCAUGUUUACACUGGCCGAACUAACAGGAUUUGUGCUACCUCUCAUCAUUACUAUGAUCUGCUCUUGGAAAACCAUGAUGUCCCUGCGGGAGAAAAAUUCAGUCUUGCAGGACAGUGGGGAAAAAAAGAAAGCCUUAAAGAUGGUGUUGACCUGCACCAUGGUCUUCCUGGUUUGCUUUGCACCGUAUCACAUCACCUUCCCUUUGCAUUUUCUGGCCUUGUCAGGGCACAUUCAAGAUUGUGCAGCCAGGAAGUUCAUACUUAAAUUUCACCCAGUUGCACUCUGUCUAGCCAGUCUGAACUGUUGUCUGGACCCAGUCAUAUACUACUUCACGACAGACGAGUUCAAAAGAAGACUAUCGCGGCAAGAAAUCAGUGAAAACAGUAUUCAGCUCCAAUUAAUGGAAUGUAGAUGAAUAAUUCAUCAUCAUUACAAGUUUUAAGCAUUCAGCUUCUUUAUAAAUAGAGAUAUGGAAAAGAUGUUGUUCAACUGUUAAUGCCUCUGGCUUUGUUACAGAUUUCUUUUCAGUAAUUUAGUAUAUUUAUAUAAAAUAUUUGUAUAUGUUGUACCUUAAGAAAAAAAAACAUUUUACAAUGGUGAAUAGCUCAAAAAUGCUUGUUUCAAGUGUUCUAUUUUGAGAGUUGUGCACUGCAGUGUUGAACAUGUAAGGAUUGCUCCAUUGCACAAUGAUGUGCCUUAAAUAGAUCUGCAGAGUGCUGUUUUGGUUCCUUUCUGAUAACCCCACUUCCUAUUUCAAUCAUGGUGGUAAUUGUGUGGGAGUCUAUCCUGUUAGUGCCAACUAUAGAUGGAAAGAUGUGCUGGCUAGUUUGAAGCUUGUCAUAAAUUUGUCAUACAGCAACAGCAAAGGGAUCUGGACUGCAUUAGAACAAUAAUCCAAAUCAAAUUUAGAAGAGU